AGAAAUGUCUAAAUACUUGAUUUCUAUUAUUAUUAUUAUUAUAGUUAUUAUAAUUAUUGAUGUGCUGUUGUACACUUGUACAUAACACUUUUAGUAUUUCUCCUCUCCUAUUUUAAUUUUCUUUGCCAUAUUGCGCUUCUUACAUGCAUGAUUGUGUGGGCGUGUGUGUGUGUGUGGGUGGGUAGGUGUGUGUGCGGCGCAGUUUCGUUAGCCCAGUGGCAACAUAAGCGACACUUCUAGCGUCCGCCUUUCGACUGCCCAUUUUUAAUAUAUAUAUGUACAUACAUACUUGUAUACUAUGUAUAAACAUGCAUUCAUAUACAUACACGUGUGUAUGUGUAUGGCAGAAGUAUGUAUGUACAUACAUUUGUCCGUCUGUCUUCAAAUGCAUGGCCUCGUCGCUUGCAGUUGGCCAUCAUGCUCAGUAGCUCACGGGUAGUCGGCCAUGAGUAUAUGAUGCUUGCCUCGUCCCUGGCAUAUUGCUGAGACAACCCGUCCCCCUCAUAUUGUGUGCUUCGGCAACUGCCAGACAAUGCUAAUAUUUUCAUGUAACGCCCAUGCCGAUGGAUUCGAGACUGUUGUGCAUUUUUUCAAUAUAAGUACAUAUGUAUAUGUAUUCUUUUUAACCAUUAGCCCUUAAAGAGUCUUUCAAUGGGCGUGCGUCAACUUAGAAAUUGAAAUAAAAAUAGAUUGUGACUUUUGUUCCCUCUAAAAUUCUGUAAACACGCCUAUUUAUUCCAUUUCAAUUUAAAGAAAUGUUCUGUGUAGCUAUUUUGAUCGUAAUUGGUUUUAAUAAUUGCUCUGCCAACUAUUUAGGUCCAAUAAAAUUAGAAGAAAUCUCUAAUUCUCUAAUAACAUGCCUGCACUCUCGCGAGUGCUUGUAAGUUGACGCACGAUAGUUGAAAGGGUUUUUAAUUUAAAGUUAACUCUUUAUAAACAACUUUAUAUUUAUAUGACUAAAAUAUACCAUUUUAUUAUUGUUAUUAUUAUGUAAACAAACAAAAAACGUACCAUCUACCAAACCAAAAUCGAACCAAAUCAAUCAAACAAGCCACACACAAAAGUCUCGAAGCGAACGCUCUGUGCCAAACCGUAACUGCAACUUGACCAACACGUCUACUGUUAACUCGAGCGAUCAGCUUAGAAUUCCUAAAACAAAACAGCCCUAUUGAUUCCUAAUCAUCGCAGUUGCAAACAAUAAGUGUUGCAUUCCUAAUUCAACCUACAAAGCUGCAUUGCAUCUACAAAUUUCGACUCAGACAACAGUUCUUUCAAAUCCAGUCGUACUACGAAGGAAUUGUCGCCUUUCAUAGGCAAUGCCAAUUGACCGGACUGUACUGAACAACAGCAUGAAAUAUUUGAAAUUAUAGACCGCAGACAUCGUACCUUACAUCCUACGAAACGCUACAGAGUAGUCAAAAACAAAAAAAAAAACAAUUAUUUAAUAAACCCCAAGACGCUGACCUUGUGUGUGGGUUUGUGUGCGUGUGUGUAAAAUUCCUUUAACUCCUUUACACACUCUGACCGCAUGGUUGGGACAAAGCGAGAAAGAAGAGCGCGACGCACGAAUGAUGCUGGACGUGGUCGCAAACAGCGCGAAUCCGGACGCGAGGACCGCGAAAGAGAGCGUGAAAGAGAAAAACGCGAUGGAGACAAGAACAGGGACUAUAGCAAGAGUGAUCGCCAUCACCGUACCAAAGAGAGCAGCGACUACAAGCGCGAACGCGAGGAGCGCGAAGAACGUAAACACGGCCACAGCCACAGCAGCUCCAAAGCUCCUCCGCGUCAUCAUAAGGAUAAGGACAGUGGCGGCAGCAACAGCCACACACGUUACAGCGAUACUUCAUCGCAUGCACGCCCAUCACAUAGCUCGUACAAAUCUCAGUCAUCGCAUCAUGGCCACCAUCGUCGUCGCUCCUACGAGGAGCAGCGGAGCUACGAACGUCGUCGUCGACAAUCGCGUUCGCCGCGCUCACACUCCCGCACGCCAACUGGCACGCCGCCCAGCCGUAACCGACAUUCGGCGACUCAUCAGCGUAACUAUCGCAGACGUGAUUCCCGCGAUUCCAGCAGCCGCUCCAGAUCGCCGUCCGAACGCCAGCAUAAGUCCACAUCCGCAUCUUUCCAAUCGGCCAGCAAUGCCGACAACUUGCCCCGCCCUGCUUUGCUAAGCAAGCCAGCCCCAUCUUUGUCGGUGGCAUCUGCAGCAGAUGGCUUGAUCGCCACCACAGCUAUGGCCACAGCCGUAGCGGCUGGUAGUGUCGGCAAUGGCGGCGGUGGCGGCGGCUUGUUGCCCACUCCCAAUUUUGCACCAAAAAUACCCUCGCUAAUGUCUCUGGAAUUGACCGACAUGAUGGUUGGCAGAUGCAAACAGCCCGCAGCGCCGAAUGUAGGAUUGGGCGGUGGUGUCGCCACUUUGGGCGUGAACAUCGGCGCCACCAACCCCACAAAUGUGUCCAUACAAUUACCCAGCUACUACAAUCCGGGUAUUAUAAAUGUCAAUCGUUACGCCGAGCAACAGCAGAAACGCAAAUUGCUUUGGGGGUCGAAGAAAACCGAUGAUUCGGCCAACAAGUGGAACCAUGCCCACUUCUCACAGGACUCGGAUGGCAAGGUGGCCUCUAAGUUCAUGCGACUGAUGGGCAUAAAGAAUGCCGGCAGCAAUAAUACCAAUAAUAGCACCAGUGCCAGCAAUGAAACUGAAGUACCUGCAGCCACAGAUAAAAUCGAAUCUAGCGUCAGUGGCGGUGGUGCCGGCGGAAGCGGCGGCAGCAAUGGGAGCGUGCCAGCCGACGUAAAGCUGCGCGAGCGCAUGUUCUCCACCAUGGAGCAGCAGUAUGAGGUUGCUCGUGCGGCUACUCACACUAUGCGUGGAGUGGGCCUGGGAUUUGGCACGCAGCCGCGUACCUUCUGAGACAGGCAGGUCACACGAGCAAUGCGAUCAGAUGCAUCACCCGAAGAAAGGAAACCACCUUCAACGCGAAACAGAUUCACUGAAAACACAGACGCUAAGGAGGGAGAUGAAACAGAUGACGUAGAUGGAAGUUGUAUGUAAAUAGGCUGAUUGGGCGUUCUCGACACGCUAAGUUUGCAGUUUCAGGAAACAGAACCUAUAGUCACUUUAAGCUGUUGUUGUGUGCUAAACACACAAACACGAACUACACAAUGUGUAAUAAUAGGUUUUUAAUAGUUCUACAUAUGCUUCAAUUUAAUUUUUGAUUUGAAAUAAACUUAACAAAUCAAUGUUA